AUGUCACCUCUCAUACUCGAACAAUACAGCCCCGAGGGCUCACCGCGGCGGAAAGCUCGCUCAGCUUCCUUUGGUGUGGCAAGAGCCAAAUACGAAGAUAUUCGACGACUGGUCGACAUCGAGUUUCUGGCUUUUGAAGAAGAGAAAACAAAUCAGAUCCUCUCAUACCGAGAUUACGAGCAACCCGCCCACUUUGACCGAGCCGUCAAAUCCUACGAAGCCUCAAUGGCCAAAGCAGAUGCUCUCACACGCCGGCUCAAGACUCAGCGAUCCUGGAGGCCGCGAGUGGACAUUACCCGAUUCCGCAAAGUUGUAGAUGCGGAUUCCGGGGAGGUUGUUUCCUGGGCGAAGACCGAAUUGAAGACGUAUAGCUACGACGAGCUAGCUAGCCCAGCAGACAUUGGCCACGAACAGGAUCCGCAAAUGAACCGGGAUUGGUUUGCUCUGAACGAGCAGUCACGGCGUGAUUACAUGGGCACCAAGCAGCACAUGUACAUCGGCAUGGUCGCCACCGAACCCCGCUACCAACACCACGGCGCCGGCACCAUGCUCCUCGAAGACAUCCUCGCCGAAGCCGACGCCGCGGGCCUCGAAUGCUACCUCGAAGCGACCGACACCGCCAAACCACUCUACGAACGCCACGGCUUCGUGACCGUCAACGAGCUGCGCUUCGACCCGGCGGCCUACGGCGUGGAAGGCUUCAGGAGGGAGAGACAGACGAUAAUGGUCCGCGGGGCACUGGAUGUCCGUGGCCAGAGGAAAGACGUGCGGUCUUGGGAGGAGGCUGUCCCUGGGGCGCAGGCGCAGUUGUGA